GUCCUCCCAAUUGAGUCUUAGAAGAUGAGAAACAAUGUGACUGAAUUCAUUCUUCUUGGACUGACUCAGGACCCAGAAAGACAGAAAAUUGUAUUUUUCAUUUUCUUGGUAUUCUACACUGCCACUGUAUUGGGAAACCUGCUCAUUGUUGUGACAAUCAAGACCAGUUCAACACUUGGGUCUCCGAUGUACUUCUUCCUAACUUACUUAUCCAUUGCAGAUUCUUGCUUCUCUACCACCACAGCUCCUAAAUUGAUUUUGGACAACCUCUCUCACAAGAACACUAUUUCCUUUGAUGAGUGCAUGACCCAACUGUUUGCAAUGCAUUUCUUUGGCUGCAUGGAAAUACUAGUCCUCAUUUUGAUGGCCUACGACCGUUAUGUGGCCAUCUGUAAGCCUUUGCACUAUUCAGUCAUCAUGAACCGAAGGGUGUGUGGGAUCCUCAUUCUGCUGGCCUGGGCAGGGUCAUUUCUGCAUUCAAUUGCCCAGAUAAUCCUCAUCUUGAAUGUACCAUUCUGUGGUCCAAAUGUGAUUGACCACUAUUUCUGUGAUUUACAACCUUUGUUGAGGCUGGGUUGUAUGGACACGUAUGUCCUAAACCUCUUGGUAGUUUCUAAUAGUGGGGCCAUAUGUUCAGCCAGCUUUGUUUUGCUAAUGAUAUCUUAUACAAUUAUACUACGCUCCCUUAAAAAUCACAGUGCAGAGGGGAAGAGGAAAGCCCUCUCCACCUGCAGCUCCCACAUCAUUGUUGUCAUCAUAUUCUUUGGUCCCUGCAUAUUUAUGUACACUCGGCCUCCAACUACUUUCCCACUGGAUAAGUUGGUGUCUGUAUUUUAUACCAUUAUAACACCCUUUCUCAAUCCCUUGAUCUACACUCUAAGGAAUGCAGAAGUAAAAAACGCCAUGAAGAAGUUGUGGAGUAAAAGAGUGACUUCAGAUCACAAAUAAUGUCCUUAAGAUUAUUUUUUUUCCUUUUUUUUUUCAAGGAUGGUUGAGCUAACCAAAAAGAAUUAAAAUUCAAAUAUAGCAAUAGUAAAGGCAAUAGAACAGGAGUUCUUCACCUGACAUCCAUGGACAUUUAACAAUAUUUUGAUAACUAUAUUACAAUCUAAUUUUCUUUGUUGUUCAAUAUAUUUCAUUUCCUGUUUCUGAAAAUUUUAUUUAUUUUUAACAUAAAAAUAUAUAAUGUCAUUUUCUUUCAUUUAGUCAUCAUUUCAAAUCGUAAAAAAUGAGGUUCUUAGUUCAUAUAAUAACAAAAGAUAAAAAUUAUGAAAGAAAGAGGCCUUUGUGGCAUGAUGGAAAGAGUCCUAAAGUGCAAGUUAGGGGAAAUAAAGGUGAACUUAAUCUCUAAUAUUAAUUUCUUAUGUGACAUUGAGAAAAAUCCCUUGACUUUUCUGGAUGUUUUUAUUCUUUACAAUCAAAUCAGAGAUUUAAACUACAAAACCUGUAGGGUUUCUUAGAUCUCUAAAUCUGUGGCCUUGUAAAUACAGGAAAGAGAGAAAAAUGUGGUUUGAGGAAGACACAGGAACAGAAUCAGUUAGAAAAUGUAGUUCUAGGAAAUAAAAUCCCAAUUGUUAACUUUAGGACUUAAAAAUUUGUCUUCUUAUUCAUAAUGGAAAAAUGACUUAAAUAUAAAGAAGUAAACUUUAAGUAAAUUAAGAAAACAUAGAAUAGUGUACAUGCCAGAUCUAUAGGAAAGGAAAUAAUUUAAUACCAAUCAAGAGAUAGAAAAUAUUACAAAAUAUAAAAUAAGUAAUUUUGAUUACAUUAAAUUAAAAUGGGUUUGUACAAACAAAACCAAUGCAAACAAAAUUAGAAGAGAAGCAACAAAUUGGGAAAAAAUCUUCAUAAUAAAAACCUCUGUCAAAGGUCUAAUUUUUCAAUUUUAUAAGGAACUAAAUGAAUUGCACAAAAAGUCAAGUCAUUCCCCAAUUGACAAAGGAGCAUGGGACAUUAAGAGGCAGUUUUCAUAUAAAGAAAUAAAAACUGUCAACAAACACAUGAAAAAGUGUUGUAAAUGUCUCAUAAUUAGAGAAAUACAAAUUAAAACAAUGCUGAGGUACCACUUCACACCUAGCAGAUUGGCCUCUAUGAUGGCAAAGGAAAGUAAUAAAUGUUGCACUGGAUGUGGCAAAAUUGUGACAUUAAUAUAUUGCUGGUGGAGUUAUGAAUUGAUCUAACCAGUCUGGAGGGCAAUUUGGAAAUAUGCCCAAAGUGCUUUAAAAGUCUGCUUGACUUUUGAUCCAGUCAUAGCACUGCUGAGUUUAUACCCCAAAUAGAUAAUGAGGAAAAAGACUUGUACAAGAAUAUUCAUAGCUGCACUCUUUGUUGGUGCAAAAAUUUGGAAAAUGAGAGUAUGUCCAUAAAUUGGGGAAUGGCUAAACAAAUUGUACCUUAUUGUGGUGGAAUAGUAUUGUGCUAAAAGGAAUAAUGAACUGGAGGAAUUCCAUGUGAACUGAAAAGACCUCCAGGAACUGAUGCAGAGCGAAAGGAGCAGAACCAGGAGAACAUUGUACACAGAGAGUGAUAAACUGUGGCACACUCAAAUGAAAUGGACUUCUCUACUAGAAGGAAUGGAAUGAUCCAGCACAAAUCUCAGAGACUUAUGAGAAAUAACACUGUGCACAUACAAAGAACCAACUGUGGGAAUAGAAAUGCAGAUGAAAAACAUUUGAUUGAUCAAAUAGGAAGUUGACCUUGAAUGAUUACUCUAUAGCAAAUAUUAAUAAUAUGAAAAUAGGUUUUGAACAAUGAUAUAUGUAAAACCCAGUGGAAUUCCUCAUUGGCUCCAAAAAGGGGGAAGGAGGAAGGGAUGGAAAGAACAUGAAUCAUGUAACC